GCCUCCCUAGCCCACUGCCCCGGGCUGGCGACAGGGACUGGCUAUUUUUUCUAACUUGAGGCCAGCACACAAGCAGGGCAGCACCCUCCUCCCAGUUCUUGUAGAUUGUGAAAGUCAGGUGGAGCCUGUUUGCCAUCCGAGGCCUCUCAUUCAAGAGGUCAUUCCCCCCAGUGGCAGCGGGGAAGGAUCCAGGCUUGGGGGGUGCUAAGGGCACAGCAGCCAGAAGGGCCUGGCUGCCGCGGGCUGGGCAGGCGCUGAUCCAGCGAUAGCUGUGCCAACCCAGGUGCGCUCAGGUGCAAAGACGUCUCCCGUGAGGAGGAGGAGGAAGACACAGUGCUGCUCCCAACAGCAGAUCAAGGCAGGCCCCAGGAGCCCAGGAUCCAGGGGGUCUUCAGUGAUCGUCCGCGGGGGAACCAGAAGCUAGGAGGCCUGGAGGGUAGCUGGGAACAGGAGCCAGAAACAGACCCCAACCAGGAGCCGGGUCAUGAACCCUACUGAGGGGGCUGUUGGAGCCCCAGCUGGCACGUCAGUGUCCCGGGAGCUUCUGGAAGAAAUGCUGUGGUUGUUUCGUGUAGAAGAUGCAACUCCUUGGAAUUAUUCCAUCCUUGCCCUGACGGUGGUGGUGGUGGGGAUAAGCAUCUUCCUCCUGAUAAGGAGCAUCCAGGCAGACAGGAAUCCAAAGAUGCAACCGCUGGAAAAAGAAACUCCAGAAGUCCUGUACCUGAGGGAGGUCAGAUCCAAAGAUGACAGGAGCCUGGACAACCUCAGAGAGACCCUGCUAUCCAAAAAGCCGGACUUCGCCCAGGAGCAAACCGAGCUAAAAGACAGAGACCUCCCAUCGGUCCUCAUUCCAAACCCAUCAGAGUCAGACAGCUAGGGAGGGCGCAGGAGCUGAGCUCAGCGUGGGGGCUUGAAAGCCCUCGGGUUUUAUGGUCUUUACCAUAAAACAGCCCAACCUUCCUAUCAGCAGACUGUAAUCAAAGCAGAAUUCUGUUACUUACAAAACCUUUUAUUAAAGUGUUUCUGGAAGUGCACAGUUGGAAUUGCACAGUUUGUUCACCUGGUGUUGCACACACACACACACACACACCCAUGGGCUUGGAGCAAAAGUGCAAACUCCAGACCUGGCCCAUGGGUCUGAAAGCCCGGCCAGGACUCUCAGCAUUGGGCGUAGGUACUUCAUCGCCUGCUCUUUGACCUCUGCCUUUCCAUCCAUGGAAUGGGGCUGAAGACUGCGUGAGAAACGUUUUCACUCCAAGUUCCUGGAAGGCAGCAGAGUCUGGGCUUGGAAUCCUCUUCUCCCCACCAAAGCCCUCUCAUUUUACCUGCUUAGUUGUUGAGAGUCUUUGAGAGACUUCCUGUGGACUGGGUUCGUGGUAAACCAAGUUAGAAGGCCAUGGCGCCCCCUGCCUCUCAGAGCCUUCUGCGGCUACCGUCGGGAUCCUGGGGGAGUGUCCUGGCCGCAGGUCUGAGCCCUGCUGCUGGGGGAUAAGCUGUGGUGGCCACACCAGAGAACUGAUGCAAAAAUGUGCUGUAUUAACCCCAGAUGCUUUAGCUUCUAUCUUACAAACGCAGGCUUUGAACACAGGGACCUGUGACCAGGGGCACUGUGUCUUGCCCAGACUAUGAACGGGUAGGGUGUGCUUCUGCCUACGAGUGGGCAGGCUGAGUGCCAGCUGCAGCUCCCCGGAGCCAUGGGCCACUGCCACUGGAGAGAACAACCCUGCUCUGCAGCCUUGAUGAUUAAACUUAAGGCAGGGUCCACGGACAGUCCUCAGCAGUGGGCGAACAAGAGGACCCUGCCUGCUGGUGUGCAAUCCUGCAGAACGCCCUACACUGGAUGGCCCCAGCCCCUUCCUUCUUCUCUCGUGAGAGGCAGAGUGCUGGAAAUAGACCUGCCUACGAUGUCUUUUUCCUAUCCAGGCUGUCAGGUGGCAUUAAUAAGUCGAUUUUCCUUGGGGAAACUGCGACCUGCAGCUGCCCUGCCUUUCAUGUCCACAAGGUGGCGCUGGGACAUCAGGCCCGAGCCUCCCUGGGCCAAGUUCAGCUAUUGCCCAUCAGGGGCCACUGCUGGCCAGGCUGGAGCUAGAGCAGCAAAGGGUCAUGGCAGCAGGGACACCGUGACUUCUUCCUGCUCAAGAGUGACCCCAGCUGUCUGGGUGGUCCCAGUGGCUGUUUCCCUCCAGAAUCUCAGAUGCAGUAGUUCCCAUGCAGACCAAGGAGGGAUGGGGGAGGGAGCAGCACCCCCGCUUGUCUCUGCAGCU